AUGAUCUCCCGGUCAGGGCCAGCGCAUGUGAUACCACAGCCAUCAAGGGUGAGGAUUCUCUUUUGAUAAUGCUCUGAUUGGUCAAAAGGGGCUGUAAAUUAUGUAAAACAGUGCAAAAUUAUUGAAGGAGGUUAAGUGACUUAUAUUUCAAGAGGAUAUUGCUUUUUGAGGUGAAAUAUGUCCUGAAGUCAUAAGACUAAAAGUACCUUUACCAUUAUGCAAAAUCCUUCUAUAGAGUUACAAAGAAAAUAUGAAGCAAAAUUUAUCUUGUGUCUGGUGAUUUUGCUGCAUAGCAUUUUACAAACUGCCCCCCCCCCACCACCCUCCGUCCCCUCCAAAAAAGACACAACCUACAACUCAGAAAGCUUUCGUUUUGGUGGACGGUGCUGGUGACCCGGGGGGGCAGUUGUUUCUAGAAAUAUAUUAUUUACUAAUAGUGAAUCUAGGAUCAUAGGAAGGGAUUUUGGGAGUUUGGUCUACUAUGGGGUAGCAAAAAUCAGCCUCAGCUGGGUUUGGCAUAGGCUAUGGCUUUCAGGGUCCCAGAGGCACAUCCCAUCCAAAGACUUCUAAAGUCCCCCCUCUCCCCUCCCCCAGUUAAAUGUGGUCACUCAUACAUCAGCAAGUGACCUCUUUACUUUUCUAGCAUAGAUCACACAAAAUUUUUUCUGAUACUGUCCCUUACACUUCUACUCUGCACUAACCCUUCAAGCACUAAGCCUCACCAGUAUCUAAUUUCUCCUUCAGACAACAAUGCAAAAUCAAGAAGAAAGGUCCAGAAAUUAUUCUUAAAGAAUUAAUAUUAUUAUUAUCAAUGGAAUUCUCUUGAUAAGCAUUAACAAUAACUUAUAACUUCUAACUAAUCUGUAUGUUGAUAAUGUAAGCAUACAUGUAGAGAUAUAAAAGAACUUAAAUUUUGAUAUUAGGAGUAAGUGUGUUAACCAACUUAUGUGCAAAAACAAACUAAUUUGGCAUUUCCCAUUAAAACUGCAAGGUCAAUGAAAUUUAAAAUAUAUUAAUUUAAAUGUAAAUUUUACAAAAAAAAUGUAUAUUCUAUUUAGAAAUGGAAUUUCUCUUUGUUUCCCUGGAUAAAACGAUUUAUCUAACCUACAACACUACAACUAAGUAAUAAACUUAAUCGUCAACUUUAGAAGAGUAUCAGAAAAUCAAUGGCUUUUCGAAUUAAACCGUUCCUUUCAGACAACUGUAGCUGUAGGCAUCUUGUUCAAUCUAAUGGUGAAUACUUUUAAAAAUUUUGGCACCGAAAUAAUAAGCCUCGAAAGAAGCCAGUAAUUGCCAACAUAAGACCUUUUUUGUUAAAACCUAAGCUUCGUUUACCUUUGUGUUUUGGAGAUCCACUUAUGUGUAUAAAACAAAGUUCUUCGUCAUCUUCUUCAAGGCUGUAUUUAUUCAACAGUGCAUCUUUGAAAGAAAGCUGUCUUCUGAAGGCCUGAGAUUCCAUUACCGCUACAAUGCCGAGAAAAAAUAGAAAAUAAUUAUUAUACGAAAGCUUGACCUUAGCUAUCCAAAUUCAAGUACAGAAAUGAACAUUUUUUGCUGAACUUUCAAAUUGUGCAAUGCACAUCUUUUUUGUGCUCAUUCAUAUGCGAGUCACGCAAUGAAUCGCUAAAGUAAGCCAAUCACGCGCUUUGAACCUGUCAAAAUGUUGCCUAAAAGGGUUCAUUACCUCUCUUUGUGGAUAAGCACGAUGAACCAUUAGACGCUGGAGACUUUCAAAGGCAAUUUUUACGUAUUUUCUUCUCAAAAUCACACGCAAAAAUUAUUGUUAUUGUUUUUGAGUGACCGCAAAGGAUCAAGGGAUCAAGGAGCAUAAGAGAAAGACGAGAAAGACUGGUACCGUUUACGUCAUCAUUUGCUGUCCAGGCUACACCGAGUAGUGCACAAUGUUUUCCUUUUCCUUUACACAACCGGCUCAAAUAUAUACCGGCUCCAAUUCCUCAGUGUAAUUUCCUAACAUUGGCUGAUUAUGUGAUCUAAUGGUUCCCAGAGUGGCUCUUCCUAUUUCCUUCAGUGCAAGCGAGGCUCACGAGGAAUAACGACCGAGAGCGACCUGUUUCUGCCGAUGAUGUUGCCGAGUUCCUGGAUUUUCGCAAGAAUAGCGUUUUAUCCAUCGCUUUUAUGGGGUAUAGCCACGGAAAGCUCCACUAAAAGAUGGUACGACCGAGUAGACACUCAUGUGAUACUAGGAGCUCUGCCGUUUAAGAGUCAGACCAGGGAAGUAAGUGUAAUAAUAAUUUUAUUCCUUCUGAAACAAAGGGGUAUGGGGCGACUCUCUAUUACCGUUACCGCAGUCACAGUGAUAUGGGCAUCCUCGCGUUUUCGGCAUCCCCAUUGCCAAAACCCAAGUGAUAUAGGCAUCCCCUGUAACCCUAACCCUAACCCUAACACAUAUCGCUAAGGUGAUAUGGGAAGGGGAUGCCUUUAUCAUGAGGGUUUUGGGAAUGGGGAUGCCCAAAACAUGGGGAUACCGAUAUAACUGUAACACUGCCUUAGCCACCUAUAUAGGCCCAUCUACUUGUAAACAAGAAAAAACGUAUUUACCUGAAUAAUCGCCAUUUAUUUAUCACACCUCAAAUGUGGUGCUUAUUUGAGGGUGAUGUUUCUUUGAAAUUUGGACUCAACAAUUCAAACUAACAGGAUUACCCUGGGGGGGGGGGGGGGGGGGGGGACUCCCAUAAAAAAUUGACGAGGAUGCUUUCCAGAAAAUUCAAAUUGAACCCCUAAGGGAGACCAAUGUUGGGGUGGCUCAAAGGAUAAAAAAAGAGGAUAAAUUUUGAGCAACAGGGCUGAGAUGUUCAAAGGUGGGUUAAGAUAAGCCAGGGUAAUGUCAGGAGUGUGAAAUUUGAUUUCAGAUUUGAAAGCUUAAAAUGGAAAUUUAUCUUAAUUCUUUUUGUCCACAAUAUGAUGAUUGAAUGAACUUAAAAGACUAAAGAAAAUUGUCUGAGAACUGCAAAUCACAAAUUGAUCUAAAACAGUUUGCACUCCCUGGCAGAUCAACUACGCAUGCGCUCGUUUACUUGCUUCACUGUAUCCUAGAAGCGCUUGACAACAGCCAUUGCUAUGCUCGCAUCUUGUUUACCGACUUUAGCAAAGGAUUUGACCUGGUGGAUCAUUCUGUUUUGGUUUCUGAGCUUUGCGGUUUGGGGGUGCAUGAGGCCUUAAUUAGAUGGGUUGGGGCCUUCUUGACAGGAAGGUCGCAACAAGUCACAAUCGGUAGUGCUUUGUCCAACAGCGUUAUUCCAAGGGGCGGUAUCCCCCAGGGGACAAGACUAGCCCCCCUGUUGUUUGCAAUCCUUGUCAACAACCUAGUGAAGGACUGGGAAACUAGAGUUUUAUACCUGCCAACUUUUUCUGAGAUAUAAGCGUGAGAUUUUUAUCCUGGGAGUGCUGGGAUUUUUAAAGACGACACGAUCAUUUCGGAAGAUUCCUGAAGAAGUCUGAAGUCUUUCGAAGACGUCUGAAGUCUUCCGAAGACGUCCAAAGUCUUCCGAAGACGUCCAAAGUCUGCCAGAGGCGAAGUCAUCAAAGUUAUCCCAGCCCCAGUCUUAAGACGCAUAUAAAAGCAAACUCGCUCCCAGUGCUUUUCACUUCAAAAAUCAGAGAUAGAGAGGAAGGUAUUGUCAUUUAUUCAUUUUACACAUGGUUUUCAUUCCUUACAUGGGUCUGAGUUAACAUAUUUUUGGAAAUUGUGUCAAGCAAGACGGCAACAACUCACAUUUUUCAAUCAGGCGUGAGAAAUUGGCCCGCAAGUGUGAGCCGGCGUGAGAUCGAAGUUUUCAACCCGCAGGCGUGAGACUCACGCCUAAGGCGUGAGAGUUGGCAGGUAUAGAGUUUAGUAUGUGGACGAUCUCUCAGUCUUAGAGAUUAUUCCUAGAUGUUCAACCAGCAUGCUGCCCUUUAUAGCUAGGGAUAUUUGUUCUUAUGCUAGUAGUCAUGGUAUGAAGCUAAAUCCAUCCAAAUGUAAAGAGUUACGCAUAGAUUUCUUACAGUAUAAGCCCUCCGACCUACCUCCCUUACAGAUGUCGGGCAGUAUUAUAGAGCAGGUGCCAUCUUAUAAGUUGCUCGGUGUCCAUCUGUCGCACAAUUUAUCGUGGUCUACUCACUGCGACUAUAAUUGUGAAGAGAGCACGCAAGCGUCUCUACGUUUUGCGUGUCUUAAUGAAAUCAGGCCUCCCACCAGCUGAUCUCAUUCAGGUUUAUUGUAGCCUUGUGCGGCCCAUUUUAGAAUAUGCAUCUCCGAUUUGGGCCACGUUACCCAACUGUCUGGUUCAAUUGGUGGAAAGGGUGCAGAAGUCUGCACUAAGAAUAAUUUUUCCAGAUUGCUCUUAUGAGUCGGCACUCGUGCGUUGUGGCUUGCCUACACUUUUGUCUCGCCGUGAUGAGGCUUGCAGGCGUUUUAUAUCUAACAUCAAGGAGUCCGGGUUCCUUUCACACCUACUGCCACAGCCCACGAAUGUCGCUCAUGGGUAUGGGUUGAGGUCGGGUUUUCUCGUUCUGAAUUCCGCUUUGUCAGAACGGACUGCCUUAGCAAUUUUGUUACCCACAGUUACAAUAGGAUUUAAUUGUUUUUGCCUUCUGUGCCAUGUGUAAUUAUGUGCUCUGCGUAUUCUUGACCUCCCUUGUAAUUUAGUGUUAUACACUACCAAAAGGGUUUAAUAAACUGAUUAUUACUGAUUAUCCCUCUCACCACCUCCAAGUGUCUAUAAGGUUAAUAUUUUCCUUCUUUCUUUUAGCUGGUGGAAAAUGAAAAUGUUAAAGCAGUUGUAACGAUGAAUGAAGAUUAUGAAACAAGAUAUAUUGCCAACAGUAAACAGGUUAUUAAAAGUUUAUAAAUGUAUCUGUAGAGACAAAUUUCUGGAAUGAUAAAAGGGAAGUACAUCAUACACUGUAUUACAUGUACUUGCAUUUGUAUGGGUGACACUUUCGUUAUUUAAAAGUCUUCUAAUUUGUUCAUAUUGUUCCUCGUAAUUGCCCACAAUUUGAUGUUUAAGUUGCAUGAGGUCAAAAUGGCUGGAUAUUGGCCAAGUUCUUUUUGGCACAUUUAUGGAAUGAUACAAAGUCUAGGUCAAUAACAAUGUGAAAAAAGAAUGCGGCCAAUAUUCAGCCAUCUCAGAGAUACCAACCUCCAGAGAUCUAAAUUCUAGAGACUGUCUAUUUUGCACUACACCCUCUCCCCUUGAAUGUCAACAAACCCACCACCCCCCACACCCCCCUGCUCACCAAUUGACCCAGCUGCCAUAAGGACAUCAUAUGAAGUCUUGCAUGAAGGACAUGCUAUCAAAAUUCGCUUCCAUGAUUGUAAUGACGUAAUAAUCUGUGUCAUUGAAUAAAUACAAGCAAAAAUGUCCAAGAAACUGUACAAUGAAUGAUAAAAGUUCAAAUUUUGAGAAAAAAUGGGCUAAAUUUCAAGCUAAAGCACAGAAUAGCUCAAAAGUCCAUUUAAUCUAGGAGAUUUGGUGACCUGUACGGGAGGCUGUUAGAUGUGUGCCUUUUCCAAGAGACUCAUGGAUAAUCCAGAGCUUAGUCAAGCUUGGUCAAUAACGGAUAUAUCGUAUGGCCAAAAAGAUAACUUUUCUUGUGGGACCAUUGCGGGAAAUUUGCAGCAGGGAAGAUGGGUUCAUCUUGUGGACUUGGGUAGCCAAUCAAAACCCAGGAUUCACAUCAUCUUAUAUGCUCGUGGAUAGUGGUUAUUUUGAAUUUUUGUUUUGUUGUCCUCAACAGGAGUGGGCUGAAUGGGGUGUUACUCAGCUGCAGUUGUCAACUGUAGAUUUUAACAAUGCACCAUCUCAGGAGAUGAUACAAAGGGGUGUGGCUUUUAUUGAAGAGAUGAACCAAAAUGAAAAAACUGUGUAUGUCCACUGUAAGGCAGGAAGAGGGCGGAGUACUACACUGGUGGCUUGUUACUUAAUGAAGGUGUGUUCUUUUACUGCUAACUGUAUCGCUGGCUUUUGACUGUCUAAAAGCAGACUAACCUUGGAGUAGAAGGGUACCGAUAGGAGUAAAUCAAGCCUGUGUCACUGACUGAAAAAAACAUCUUUCUCGUGUGUUCACCUGACUUGAAAUUCACCUUCACGUUUCUGUCAUUGCACAUAAGCACAUACAGACAUUCUAUUCCAAGCAAUACGCAGGAUGUCUGUCACAUGAACCUAGUUUGGUGAUCUUGGAUCUCAUGAGUCUCCUGUAGCUCAGUGGUAGAGCACCUGCAUUGUCUAGUAACCAGAAGAUCAUAGGAUCAACUCCUGUUGAGAGUACUCGAAUGUUUUCUUUUGAACUGCCUGUGUUAAUGACAGAAAAAUCAUCUUUCUUAUAUAUUCACCAGGCUUAUAAUUCACCAUCACAUCAUUAUCAUUGAGCGUAAGCACAUAACAUUCUAGUUCAAGCAGUAUGUGGGAUGUUUGUCACAUGAAUUUAGUUUGGUGGCCUUGGCUCCCACAAGUCUCCUGCAGCCCAGUGGUAGAGCAUCUGGACUAGUAACAACAAGGUCAUAGGAUCAACUCCUUUUGAGAGUACUCAGAUUUUCUCUUCUGAGCCAGCUGUCGCCUCCCAUGCAGGAGUCAUAUUUCCUCCCUCCCUCCCCCGUCUACACAAAGGGAGGGAGGAAAUACGACUCCCCUACAAACACCUGGGUGGGAGGCUAAGCCACCUGUGUUGCUGUCGGUAAAAACAUCUUUCUUCAGUCGUGAUUAUUAAUUUUCUCCAGGAUUAUUAUGAUAAUUAAAAUAAGCUGUUUGUAGAAGUAGCUCUCACUGUUUUCUUUUGUCACUGCAGGCUAAGAAACUUACUCCAGAGAAAGCACAUGAGUACAUCAAAAGUCGAAGACCUCACAUCUUACUUGCUUCUCGACAAUGGGAAGCCAUUCGAUUGUUCCAUAAAAGCCUUACUCAACAAGAUAAUGAUCACAGCUUAUGA